AUGACUUUCUUGACAACAGGACAGGCUACUGACUCCCUCAGGCUCCCUGGGUCUCUCUACGUGCGUGCUCGCCUCCAGCUACAUCUUCUAUCAGCUUUGGUCGCCCCUCUGUCUCUAUCACUCGCGCUUCGACACCGCUUUCUCCUCUGGAAGAUGUACCAGGAAGUCUCCAACGCAGAACAAGCUGUAUACAAGACGAUCUCUACGGCCAACCCUCCUGCGAGGCGCCGCGCUCUGGCGAACGUCGGCAAUGCGCUCUCCUUGGAACAGCCUCGAGUCAGAGCCUGCAUCGGCCGACAAAAGCGCCAUACUCUCCUCCCCUCCAGCACGCGUACCGCGCCCUCGCAUCCCACCGCACACUCAACGACUCGAAAAGCUCCCACCCCCAUCCCUCUAAAACCGCGCCUCACUCGCGUCCCUACCGCUUCCAACCCGCCCUCACACCCCGCUCCCAUCCGCGCUGCUGGCGGUCCUACUCGGACCACGCAGCCGAAUCGACAGCAGGACGGAAGCGACGCGCAAGCCCUAGAAAACCGCACGGGCGCCCUCAAGCCCGAACGGAACGCCCCCCGUCUCAUCGUCCAGCGCGGCCGCGGGGCGCCCUACACCACCACACACCCUGCGCGCACGUCCGCGCGCCGACUGUCGCUUCCACACAACGCCGCCCUCCCGCUCCCGCUCCGCGAGCAGCGCCCCGUCGACCGCGCGCUCGCUGCGCGGGACAUGUGGCCUGCAGGGCCAGCGAGACGCGCGCAGGGCGAGCUCGAUCGGCUAUCCGUCGAGCAGCAGCUCCCGACGCCUCCGUCCUCUAUGCGCGUGCGCGGACCCGGCGUGCACGCCCUACUGUCCGGCGCUGCAGCCUCUCAGCCUGUCUCGCUAUCGUCUCCGCCGCUGCCGCCGCCGCCGCCGCCGCCGCCGCCGCCAUCUGCGGGUAUGGCCACCAGCCUCGUGUCGCUGAUGCGCAGCCUCUCGGGUCAGAGGAACAGCGCGCGCGGGGGGACGGAGGAUGGGUGGAAUGCGGAGGGCGCUGGCUGCAGCUUCACGAUGGAGCUGGACGAGACUAAUAAAGAGACGCUGCUCGGCCUGACGCUAUCGGGGCUCGGCGCGCCGGCGUAUCCUGCGUCGCCCGAUGUGGACUCUGAUUUCACGCCUCUCGCGGGGGACCGCGGGACAGAGUGGAGCGCUGGGAAACUGGAGGCAGUAAGAAGGAUCGAGGCGGUGGGGGUAGGCGGUGGGGCGGCGUUCGCGGCGCGGGACGAGGUGGAGAGGGCGAUGGAGAAGGUGUGCGAGGCGUGCUUGAGGCUGUGCAAGGAGUGGGAGGCACUGGACGCUCUGCUAGGACGGGCUGAUGUCGCGUGA